CCCGCCAGCAUCCACUCCCUCUCUCCCUCCACCUCCAUGUGCUCUGCAGCUCACUCCACCACCAUUUAAUCCACCGAGCUAGCGCCAGCAGCUGCUCCAUCACUCCUUCCUUCCACUUCAUUCAUCACUCGCCAAGCUUGCUCCCCAUCCAGCUAGCUCCGGCUUAAUUCGAAGCCCGUUUAACUUUGCUGCUGCGGCGGCGGCGGCAGUGCCAGCUGGCUGAUCAGCUCGUCGAUCGGCCGGCCGUCCAAUAGUACUAAAGAUGGCAAUGGCGGCGGCGGCGCCGAGGCCCAAGUCGCCGCCGGCCUCGCCCGACCCCUGCGGCCGCCACCGCCUGCAGCUCGCCGUCGACGCGCUCCACCGGGAGAUCGGCUUCCUCGAGGGUGAAAUAAGUUCCAUUGAAGGGGCCCACGCUGCCUCCAGAUGCUGCAAAGAGAUUGAUGAAUUCGUGGGAACAAAUCCCGAUCCAUUCAUAACGAUUCGGUCAGAGAAACGAAGUAAUGAUCAACCUCACCAGUUUUUGAAGAAGUUCCGGGCAAAGACGUGCCUGAGCUACCUCUCGUGGAUCUGCUGUUGCGGUGGCUGCUCGCCGAUCCGGAUCAAGAGGCCGCCGAGCUGCUCCUGCGCCGGGCUGAGGCGGCUGUGCUGCUGCUGCCGGUGCCGCGUCGUGUACGCGGGCUGCGGCUGCUGCGUGCCGUGCCCGCGCUGCUCGUGCGACUGCACCUGCUCCUGCCCCAGGUCCAGCGACGCUUGCUGCAUCCCUCGGUGCUGUUUAUGUUUGUGAUGAGGGCGAUUUUGGCGUGCGUGCGUUGCAGACUGAUGAUGUUUUUGGUUAUU